CAUUAAUUAUUAUUAUUUGGGUGUGUUGCCCAUGGAUACUCUACUUCACGCAUUGCACACACAUGCGCGCACGCGCGUAUGCUGGUAUACAUGUUUCAUUUUUUACCAUGUAUAAAUGGAUGAAAUGUCAAUCAAACCGAACGUUUCUAGCAAAAAACUCAAUCCUGGACAAUACAAUGGAGGUUGAUGGAACUGCCUGUCCAAAUGCAAACAAUUGUCUUGGAAUGUAUACAUGGAUAUAAGGUGGCUAUGUUUGGUGUACACAAUAAUGUUAUCUAGCUGCAAUUUACAGAGUGUCGAACAAGAAGAAGAUAAUCUAAUAGACUCCAUGCACAACUAUACAAAUUUGAAAAUAUUUUUAUGGUCCGGUUCCGGAGAUGGCUCGAAUGAACCAACACAAACAUCCACCACUAAAAAAAUUCCAUCUUAUUCAGAAAAUCCCGAGGAUUGUAUAGGCGGGCAAGAUUGUAACAUUCAACCUACGACGUCUAUUACGCCACAUCUCGGGGUUAUUGACAUUCCACAAACUGCCGAAAUACCAAACAAAGAAUAUUGGAUAGUAACAGAAUUAAAUUUCGACUCGCCAGCGGAUGUUCAUAUUUCCAUACCCGUCAUAAAAGAAAAAUUGGCCAUCCUCUACACGAUUGCUUUUACCAGACAACAAGCUCGGCAUCUCGGACUAAACUCGAAUUGGACCGAGGAUGAGGUAAACUCGGAUCGGAAUCGUAGAUGGGACACAAACGAAAAACCGAUUAAAGUCAAAGUGGACGUUCUAUCCGUACUGAACAAAUUGGAUUUGGUUUAUUUCGUCAGCGUAAACGACCAUCCUGUGUCUGCUGCAACAGCAGUACGUGACAUGAGCCUUGUCACGACACGGGAAGUUGCAGAUCAUUUGGGAUACGCUGUAAAAAUCAAAGCCCGCCCUUACCUAGACGGAUCACAGUUUCAAAGAGUUCGUGGUGUAAAUUAUGGAGAGAUUUGGAUUUUCAUCACCGCCACAUGUAUAAUUGUACUAGUACUCGUAACUGGCGUUUUCGUAGCGCAUAAGAAAAAAAGAAGAAAAAAUAGCAUUAGCUCCGACAGGACUAACAUGGCGUUUUGCGAAGAUCAAACGCCUCACAACGAUGUAAAAACAGAGGCGACGUCUACUGAAGACAUCGGGGCUCUCCACACACCCGAACCUAAGCCGAGAAAUAGAAAUAAAAUUUCAAAUUCAUUGCUUUCGAUGCAGGCAGUUAAUAAAUUUCAAAAAGAUUCGAUACCGGGACCGUUGACAGAUGUACUGGAUGGACUUAAUGGAAGUGAAAAUAAAAAUUCACGUACAGUGACAAGACACGAGAGUAUUGGUGGCCAAGAUCCUGGGGUGGUUGGACCUAUAGUUUGGGAUUUACAUUGUAAACAAAUGAAAAUAAAAAGUAACGAUCAGGAUGACGAUUCGUGUUCGAGCUUUGACGCUUUCAACGCCAUGGACACCAACGUCACAAAAAUGCGACAAAAAUUUCACGAAUUACUUGACGAUGCAUUCACUUUGUUCGGUAGUCGAAACUCAAGUAUGAACAGUGGUGAAAGUUCCCCGUCCAUGAGUAACCAUGAGCAGAGAUCAAAAUCAGCUCCAUUUAGGUGUUCCGCCACUUCCAGCGGCCGCCCGACCGGCCGGCCAAAGACGUCGGCGGACUCGAGCGGCCGGGCCGCGGACGACGACCAACUCGCGGCACCGGUGGCGGCCAGCCCGUGCUGGGCGCUGUCGCCGGGCGAGGCGUGGGCCGGUUCCGACCAGUCGGUGUUCGUGCCGCGGCCGUUGAGCGCCGGCCCGUUCCACCGGCCGGCCGUGCGCGCCGAGUUCAUCAGCUCGGACGCCAACCUGUCCCCCCAAGACCCCGCCGUGCCGCUCAUCGAGGCCAUACGAAAGGAACUGGACAGAUUCCCUUCGCCGCACGCCGACUCGUCCCGGUGACUCAUAUUAUGCACGCGCGUACGCGCCGCAGUGUUGUAUACAAAUAUACUGUGCCCAUCCAUUAUUAUUAUUAUUAUUAUUAUUAUUAUUAUACACUAUCAUCAUCGAUCGUCGCGCGCGUACAUAUCGUCAUUAUUCCUGUUCGAUGUGGAUUAAUCCACCUUGACUGCACCCGUUCGACGAACCCCUCGCGUCGUCGCCACCGCCGUACGCCUGCAGAGACGAUGAUGAUUCAUCGCCGCUCGAUGACAAUGCAUACGAUUGUUAUUACUAUUGUCCAUAUAAUAUAAUAUUAUUAUAUUAUUAUUA